GCGCCAAUUCGUCAACGCUCGACUCUCAAAAGACCGUCAAAAUGCAUCUCAUGUAUACUCUCGACGAGGCGGGCAACCGCCUGUACACUCUCAAGAAAGUCACCGACGAUGCCAAGGUCACCAAGAGCGCUCACCCUGCCCGUUUCUCUCCCGACGACAAGUGGAGUCGUCAGCGCGUGACGCUCAAGCGCCGUUUCGGUCUCCUGUUGACACAGCAGAAGGACAAGGAGCACGCUGCCUGAUCAGUCCAUGGGUACCGAUUGAUUUCCUUCCUCGAGACUGACUCGCGGUUGGAUUGAGAGAGAAGUACAUGGGCGACAGCUCGGGGGACCUCCAUUGUCUCGUUGAGGCACGGCGUUGCAGGUUGUGUUACAAAAUGGGGUGGCGUUCAGUGUCUUUCAAAUACAAAUGCAUGGUCCACGCGACGACGCAAGAACAUCGCUUUUUAUUUUCGUCG